CACCCCCACGUGCGCUUCCACAUAUUUGACAUUACCGAAUUCCACACUGGUCUGGUCUGGUCCACCGUGGACUUCGCAGCGACGGAAUGACAUGCUUUCUGUUACGAGCACUUAGGGACUAACGUGUUAAUAAGCAAGAUUGACUGAAUCCGAGCUGUUGUAGGGAGGGCUCCAUGAAUGUUCGUCACCAUGAUGAUGAUGGACCAAAUGCUGGACCUCCCGCCUCCAUUGAGCAACGAGGUUCCCAUGAUGCACCACGUGAUCAAUGGCGAUGCACCACAGCAGGUGAUCCUGGUCCAGGUGAACCCAGGUGAGACGUUCACCAUCCGCACGGAAGACGGGGCUUUGCAAUGCAUCCAAGGGCCUGCUGAAGUUCCCAUGAUGUCACUGAAUGGUUCCAUUCCACCAAUCCACGUUCCUCCUGGCUACGUCUCCCAGGUUCUGGAAGACAACACAGGCUUGCGGAGGGUUGUGGUCACGCCUCAUUCUGAAUGUUAUCCUCCAAGUUACUCUCCGGCUCUGUCCCCAAGCCACCACAUUCACCCGCAGUACCUGACGCACCCACACUUUAUUCCAGCUUCACAUACGUCAUAUUAUCCCCCAGUCAGGCCCAGUGACGUGCCCCCACACCAGUUCUAUCAGCACCGUCUGCCACCCUUCUAUUCGGAAGAGAUCAUCCCGCUGUAUAACAUCUCCACUUUCAUGGGUCAUGAGGAGUACUGUAAACCUCCACCCAAGAAGCUCAAACAGCCGGUGGAGCGUACAAGUCUAAGGCAGGUGACCAGCCCGCUGUCCAACAGCUACAAGAACACCACGGCCUGCACCACCACCACUAACGGCUACGGCAAGAGCCACAGCAGCCCUGGAGGAGGAGGAGGAGGAAGCCCUGGCAACAAGAGGCCAGAUCGAAGAGCCAGAGGAAGCCCCAAACACUCAGACACCGAGCCACAGGAUCACGAUGUGGACACGAGGCGAGUUCAGGCUGUGCCAUCAGGAAUGGACAAGCCGCAGGUGUCUAACGUACAGUCCCGCUCCGCGCUUGUGUCAUGGACAUCUGUUUCUGUAUCGGGAUCAUCUGGACGGGUCACUUCCUGUGGUUACGAGCUCCAGCUCAAGGACAAGGGCAGAGACGGGAAAUACAAGGUUGUGUAUAGUGGUGAGGAGCUCCAGUGCACCCUCACUGACCUCAGACCGGCCACAGACUAUCACGUCAGAGUAAACACAGUGUGUAACUCAGUAAAGGGUCCCAGUUCGGAUGCGAGGGCCUUCACUACCCACAGCGCCCCUCCUGAUACCCCUCUACCCCCCAGACUGUCCCAUCGCACCAAGAGCUCCCUCACAUUACAGUGGAAGCCCCCUGGGGACAAUGGCUCAAAAAUCACCAGUUAUGUUCUAGAAUGGGAUGAGGGGAAGAAAAACAGCAUUUUCCGUGAAUAUUAUGUUGGACACCAGCGACACUGCAAACUAAUGAGGUUGUGCCCUGCUGUUGGCUACACGUUUCGAGUGGCAGCACUAAAUGAUAUUGGCACCAGUGGAUUCAGCACAGAAGUCCUCUUCUACACCACAGGAAGUCUCCCGCAGACGUCCUUACCUCCACGGCUGGUACAGGCAGGUCCGUCCUGGCUUACACUGGAGUGGACGCGACCAAACAGCUGCAGCACCGAGGAGGUCGUCACAUACACCCUGGAGAUGCAGGAUGAGACCAAGGGACUGGACUUCCAGGCAGUUUACAGCGGUUUGGAGCUGAACCGUAAGGUGGAGUCCCUAAGAAGGAACACACAGUACAAAUUCAGGCUCAUCACCUGUAGUGGCGAGUGUUGCAGUGCUCCAAGCUCUUUGUUCCUGUGUAAGACGACCCCAGACAGACCCGGACCCCCUGUGAAUCCUGCAGUAAACACUGUCACAUAUCACAGCUUCUGUGUGACGUGGGAACCUCCACAGGAUGAUGGUGGAUCCGGAGACUUGACGUAUGUCUUGGAGAUAUCAGAAGGGGAUUCGGAAGAGAGGAAGUGGACAACUCUCUAUAGAGGACCAGAGAGGAAACAUCUGUGUGAGGAUCGAAAACCAGCAACAAGCUACUCCCUGAGACUCAGCUGUGUGAAUGUGGGCGGCCAAAGCCAGUGCUCAGAUGACUUGACGGUGUGCACUCAUAUCCCGCCCCCUGGCCGCUGUCAACCCCCAAGAACCGUGGGUAAUGUCAAACACAAAGAGAUGACCUUGCAGUGGGAUGGUCCUUUGUGUGGUGAAGAGAGUGAAAAUGUGGAGUUUAGCUUGGAAAUGUGUGCAAUGGAGGAGGGUUCGGAGCCAGCAGAGGUAUACCGUGGAUGCAAAGCAGAGUGCACUGCGGGUAAUUUGCUCCCUGGCACCACCUACAUGUUCCAAGUUCGUGCAGCCAACAGUGCUGGGUAUGGACCAUUCUCCGAAUCAGUGGAAAUAAGCACUGCCGCCGGCCCCCCAGGACAAUGCAGUCCACCUGCCAUCAAUGUGACGUCACACACCUGUGCAGAUGUGACCUGGGAGAACAAAGAGAGCUCUGGGAUAGACAUUUCUGAGUACCGGCUGGACUGGGGACAUGAUUUGGACUCUCUUGAACUGGUCUACAGUGGAACGGAAACCUACUUCCAAAUCUGCAACCUGGAGGCAUCUACGGACUACUGCUGCAGGCUACAGGCAGUGAACCAGGCAGGGGCGGGCCCCUACAGUGAUCUGGUGACGUGUCGGACCCCUGCGGCGGCCCCUGAUGUUGUAUCCGGAUUUCGCCUUGUUGACCACCCUCUGAACCCAACAGAAAGUGACCCCUUCUCCCACUCCACCUGUCUGGCCCUCACCUGGGACGAGCCUCGCUGUAAUGGGGCAGAAAUUACCUCCUACAGCAUCUCAAUGGGCGACAGCAUCAUCACCGCGGGAAAUGUAACCUGUCAUAUUAUCAGGGACCUGCUGCCGGACAGCGAGUACAGCCUGCAGAUUAGAGCAGAAAAUGAAAUGGGCCCCGGGCCCUUCAGUCAGACUCUGACGGUGAGGACCAGACCUCUUCCUCCAUCUCCUCCACGUCUGGAGUGUGCAGCGGUCGGACCUCAGAGUCUCAAACUACGCUGGGGUUUCAGCAGCCGAAGUCAACUCACAGACGACACGAACUACGUCCUGCAGAUGGAGGACAGGAACCAGAGGUUUGUGGUGGUUUACCGAGGUCCAAGCCACACUUUUAAGCUGCAGAGACUGAGCGAAUCAAGCCGGUACCGUUUCCGGAUCCAGGCAGUGAGCGAAGCAGGCGAGGGGCCGUUUUCUGAGACGUACACCUUCUGCACCACCAAAUCUCUGCCACAGACACUGAAAGCCCCAAGAGUUAUUCAGCUAGAGGGAAAUGCCUGUGAGGUCACAUGGGAGAGUAUUCCACCAAUGAGAGGAGACAGAAUCAGCUAUGUGCUACAGAUGCUUGGAGGCAGAGAUGCUGAUUAUAAACAGGUGUAUAAGGGACAUGAGACGUCCUUCCAGCUCUCCGGGCUGCAGUGGAACACAGACUACCGCGUGCGAGUGUUUGCAUGCAGGCGCUGCACAGACACCCUCCAGGAGCUGUGCGGGUCCUUCAGCCCAUCCGCCCACUUCAACCUGCGGCGGACUGAUGCCACACUGGCUGUGGAAGCGGACAUAACCAGGGUGCCCAUGGGCAACACCCUCACCGAUGAACAGUUUGCCGGCCUCAUGGUAUUCGGGGUGGCCUCUCUCUCUGUCCUAAUGGCAUUUCUGCUUCAGCUUCUGAUUUAGAGCCAUUCUCGUCUGUCCCUUCAGUUUUUAAACUACAACUCGCAAAACAAUUAAUGCAAGUACUGUUCGGUCAUUGACCAAAUUACACCUUUUACACUUAAAAUUUCAUGUAUUUUUUUACAGGUUUUUCUAUAAGAUGAGUUACAGCUUUAACAAAUCAGUAAUGAUGAAAUGUACUGUUUGGGCACCUGUGCCUGUUUUUUUUUUAGGUUGAUAAUGCUGUGCAUAUUUUUAUAUUUAGUAUUUAGGAGAUUUUAACACUAAAGUAAUAAGUGGCCUUCCAGAUCUCAAGUUGGACUCUCAGAUGAAUAUCUGAGGUGGGGUUGUUUUAAUGGUUUUUCCUAUUUAUCUUUAAAUCAGUGUCUAGACAGCUAAGCGGCAUCAGUACUCUCGCUCCCAUAUCUGUGCCCCAGGAAAGUCUGUCUAAAAGCUUCUUAAAAGCUUUAUUCAUUCUCUCCUCUUUCAUUUGUCUUAAAAAAAAAGAACAAGAAAAAUCAAAAGACACCUGCAUCUGUCUGGCCAAAGAGAGUCAAAUGACAGUUUUUGCAAUCAAUCAUCAAUGUACAGUGUUGUGAAGUCUGGAGUGUUUGUACCUCAGGGACUUGGGAGGGCCUUGAAAUCCACAGAUCCAAACUUUCAUGACAAAUCAUUUCAGAUCUGCUGCUUACAGUAUUUCAUUAACACUUUACCCUGGUCAUAUUCUACAGCACAUGAUCGUGUUUACUAGCACAAUAAGCCCUUAACCAAAGUUAGUCAGCAUUCAAGAUAUAACCGUUUUGUUAGAUUUAUUUAUGCUAUAUUCUUGUACUUUAUAAUGCAAAUCACAGUGCAAUCUACAUUUAUUUAUUACAAGAUUCAGAACUGUCAUAUUCAAUAUUUCCUUCAUGUAGCAUGUCUUUUUAUAAGGGGGUUAUGAAAAAUCUUUAUUAUUUUUUUCAAAUAUAGAACAUCAUGUUAACAUCAUUAACCUGUCUUAUUAAAGAUAUAAUAGUAUUGUUUAUAUUCUGUUUUUAAUGGCUUUUUUUAUUUUAAUUCAGAUUUUUUUAAUGGCUUUAGUUCAGAAAAUGUUGAUGUCUUAUACAUUUUUUGAUUUUACCACAAAUAUUUUAUCUUUUUUAUAUAUAUAUAUAUAUGUUUUUCUUUCUACUUCUUUUAAUCAUCUACUCUUCAUUUAGUAGAAUAUAUAUGUAUUGUUGAAGUUUUUAGACAAACAUUCCAUUGCUUUCUGAUUGAAAGAAGUUGAAAUGACUUGACACUAGAAAACUUGAAGUGGAAACACUUGAAGAAAUCAUUUUAAGAACUUCAGACCCUGAAUAUUUUUAAGUGGAAAACCGAAAUACUUUUUUUGUUUGUUUUGAAUUUUUUUAGUUGCAUUUAGCUGGAUAUCAGGUAAUAAGUGGCCUGGACGUAGAUUUCCAUUCUUGCAUAUCGUAUCAUGAAAAUCAAUCCAUAUUACCAUUUUUUUAAACGGAACUGUCACAUUUAUUGAUGUAAAUUAUAAUCGUAGACAAUAUAUUUAAAAAAAAACUACCAUAUCAAUUGAAAUGUAUAGAUAUUGAAAAUACUACCCUUUGUAUUUAAGAUGAUUAUGUAUCUGUAGUAUAUAUGUAAUAUAUUUAUACACAAUAAAUUUUUAAACAUUUCUGAAA